UCUGGGGCCUGUCCUGGCAGGCCACUGGGAGGGUAUAUAAGCUCCCCCUGCAAGUGGGGACCACUGAGAACACACAGUGGAAACAACUCUGCCUGGCACUCCAGCGAACAUCCAGCAGGCAUUUCUAAAUCCCCUCAGGGACGCCAUGCUUCCAGCAUAAUGUCUGCUAAAGUUGCAAUCCAGAAGUUUUCCUUCCCCUUCUCCUGCGCCGCACGCCUUUCUCAGCCGGAUGAGGUGACCCAGAAAGGAUGCGUGCAGGCGAAGGCCCUGGCGCUCCACGACCUUCAGGAGAACCCGAUAAUAAGGGAACCGAGCCUUGUUGCGGUGGUCGGAGCUCUGGUUCAUGAUGAAAACCAAAAGAGUCCUCCAAUGGCUGCGGCCAAGGUCCUGGACUGUGCAGAGGCUUCCCCGAGUGAAGUCGUCUGCAGGCGGAGUGCGUUCGAGAAGCUGACAGUGGAAAAUGAAGAUCAGCGUCCUGCGGCAAAGAGACAGCUGUCGUCCGAGAGCGCGGCCAGGACGAUCACCGUGGUGAAGAAGAGCGCGGUGAGGAAGGAGGCCGAGGAACAGAGGCACUUGAAACUGAAGCCGCAGCGGAUGACGCCGUGCCCCGCGGUGACAGGGAAGAGGAGAUGUCGAAAAGACCUCUUCACCAACUCCGAGGUGUUCCACAGGGUCGACUCACACGCCAUCAGAGCGGGAGCAGAGCUGAAGGAGAAGUGUGUUUAUGAUGUAAAAACUAUAGCACAAAGCGUAACUCAAGGAGCGAGAAACGAGCUGGAGAGGGUCCGUGCAAUCUGGGUCUGGCUGUGUCACAACAUCGAGUACGAUGUGAGCGGGUACCUCGGCCACUCGGAGAAGGUGAGCUCCCCAGAGGAGGUGAUAGCGACCGGGCGGGGUGUGUGCUGCGGCUACUCCAACCUCUGUACAGAGAUGUGCAGAGAGGUGGGCAUCGAUUGCCAAGAAGUUCCGGGCCACAGUAAGGGCAUCGGGUACCGCCAGGGCAAGAGCCUCAAGAAUGUGAAAUCUGAUCACCUGUGGAACGCUGUGCUUCUGGGAGGACAGUGGUUCCUAUUGGACGCCUGUUGGGGAGCAGGACGAGUGGAUAUGGAACAUGAAAGCUUUGUCAAAAGGUUCGAUGAUUUCUAUUUUCUAACGGACCCCGAGGAGUUCAUAGAUUCCCACUUUCCCGACGAGGAGAAAUGGCAGCUCGUGGACGCGCCCAUUACCCAGGAGGAAUUUGAGAGGAGGGUCUUCAAGACCUCAACCUUCUUCACGAUGGGGCUCAAGCUGGUUCAGCCUCAUCACGCUCACAUUGUCACAGACGACGGCGAGGCGAACGUGUGCCUCGGCUUCUCCAGAUCUGCGACAUUCACCUACGAGAUCACACAGCACCGGGACCUUCUCCACUGCGGCGCUUCAGAGCAGAAAGAGUCCAACAACUCCUCCUACGGCCUCCUCACCGUCUCCCACCGGAGCAUGAAGCUGCAGCUGCUGCCGCCGGCGAGCGGUGUGUACGACGUGAAGGUGUUCGCCAGACCGGAAACGGCCACCGCGCCUCUGUUUUGGGUCUGCUCCUUCACCGUCGAGUGUCCGACCCCAAGGGCCAUGGAGGAGAUCCCGGAGAACCCCUUCUUGUCGUGGGGACUGCAGACCGCCGCGGGAUCUCUGGGCGUCGCGGGAAGCAGCCAGGGCAGCGAGGUGGCGGAGGUGGAGGAGGGCGUCUUCGAGUUGGCGUUGAAGACGUCCAGGCCUCUGAUGGUGCUGUGUGAACUGGUGCACCCAGAACUGGAAGGUACUGUGGCCAAGCGCUGCCUGGCGACUCAGAUUCAACCGAACGUCCUGACUUGCCACGUCUUGUGCCCGAUGCGCGGCUUCUACCGGCUGACAGUGUUUGUGCGGGACUACGAGAAGACAGAUUUGAAGUUCCAGAAUGCCGCCAACUUCCUGUUGCACUGCAAAGGGAAGGUGGCCGGCUUGGACGAGCUCUUCCCCCCCAACCUGGGUUCAGUGUGCGGUCCUGGAACCCGCACGACAGAGGCAGGGCUGUUGAAAUUUAGCCACACGACCGCACUGUUGAGCACACAGCAAGGGAAGUGUAACAUCACCUUCCACAACCAGCGGGACCUCGAGCUUCACACCGUGCUCAGCAGAGAAGAGGAAAAAACAGCCGCCAUCCCGCUUUCCCGGCACCUCUUCUGCACAUACACAGACACAAAAGUGACGGUGAGCGUCAGCCUGCCUGAUGCCGGUGUGUAUCGGCUGGGCCUGUAUGCCAGGAUCGCCCCCGGCGGAGACUUCAACCCCAUGUGUGACUUUGUUCUGAGGAACAGCUGCGAUCAGCCGUGCCCUCCUUUCCCCUGCGUCUUCUCCGCCUGGAGGAAAGGCUGCGUGCUCUUUGAGCCCCGUGUGGGCCUGCUGGAGCCCCUCUCGUGGGUCCGCUUCAGGGUGAGGGUCCCCGGGGUCCAGAGGGUGAGCGUAGUCGGGGAGACGAGAACUGAUCUGAAACUGAACAAGAGCAGAGUCUGGGAGGGCGAGGUUUUCAGCGGAAACGGUCUCCAACAACUGAAGCUAGCGGCCGCCUUGGGGGAGUCCAGUGACAUGGCUGUUUUGAUGACCUUUGACAUCAAGCAGGCGGUCGGAGAAGAGUGAAACCAAAAGGAUCGCAGCGACCAGUGAACAGCUUCCUGUUGAUGUUUUUGAUAUGGACUCUUUCAAACCAUGACUGUCUUUGAAUAUAUUUACAAAAAUUCAAACUCCAAGUCAUAACCAUUCAGGUUUACCAGCUUCAGCAACACAAGAUCAACUUUAUUAGACCGACAUUGUUCAGAUAGUGGUCUUCAUCAGGGACCCAGAUGGAGGCCAUGAGCCCAAACGUGUCGGCCUAAUAAAGUUGAUUUUCAUACUACAAUUGUUGCGGGAGCUUUUCAACCUCUAUGAAACAGAUGGAGCCAUCUUACUGCCAGUCAUGUAUG